ACUUUCUCCAUCUCACACUUAUAAAUUUGAGGACCAAACUCACUUUUUUCUUUUACGAGGAGGAACGCCUCCAAACUUGUUCUGCAUUUUUUUCUCUUCACGAAUCUCCUCCACCAACCAAAAGAGGAGAAUCAAGUACACAUCACAACAGUACUUAUAAAAAAAGUACGCAUCACUACACAAUCCUGUGAUUUCUCUCUCUCUUUCUCUCAUAAAAGGGUUCUUUUCAAUCUGAAGCGCACACUUUGAUCUUUCUCUGCAAAAACUUAAACCUUCCCAUCUCCAUUUCUUUUUCAGUGAUCGGACGGUGGUGGUGCAAUGAGAACCGAGCGUGGGAAGAUCUCCAAGUCUUCUUGGCCGAAAAUUAUCGUGAGAAAAUGGCUAAAUCUACAGAGCAGAGGAGACGAGUUUCACUCCGAUUCUUUUGCGUUAAAAGCAGAUAAAACCGAGAGGAGGAAAAGUUGCUCGGACAAAGACUGCUACGUCGUCGUUCCGGAAAAGUUUUCAGGUUGGUUGAUGGAGGCAAAUGAUGGGCCAGGAUUUGAACCAGUAGCACCAGCUUUGACAGAUACACAAAACCUCAGGAUGUUCGUGGGGACAUGGAAUGUUGGAGGAAAAUCGCCCCACGAGGGCUUGAACUUGAAAGAUUGGCUGAGGUCCCCUGCACCUGCUGACAUCUAUGUUCUUGGGUUCCAAGAAAUUGUCCCUCUAAAUGCCGGGAACGUACUGGGCGCAGAGGAUUACGGCCCAGCUACCAAGUGGCUAUCCCUCAUUCGUCAAGUUCUGAACACAAAAGACCCUGAAUGUCCACAAUAUAACAACAAUGCCACCGGUGCAGAAUUUUCACCACAGGAUGACGAGCAUGGGAGCUUGAAGCCAAGACUGAGCUUCUCAGACUUGCUUUCAUUAGAAGAUGAACUUGGCAUAGAGGAUUUCCAAAAAAUGGUGGACUCAAAUGUGAAUUUGGAAGAAUGCUCGUCCGGCUCACCAUUCAACUCCGAACAAGAUGGUUCAACUCAGCAACGUUUCUGCCUAGCAGCGAGCAAGCAAAUGGUGGGAAUUUUCUUAUGCGUGUGGGUUCGAGCUGAUCUUUACAAACACGUUAGUAAUUUGAAGGUCUCCUGCGUUGGCAGAGGCAUUAUGGGAUAUCUUGGGAAUAAGGGUUCAAUAUCAAUCAGCAUGACAUUGUACCAGACGACAUUCUGCUUUGUAUGUACCCACUUGACCUCCGGGGAGAAAGAUGGCGACGAGGCUAGAAGAAAUUCAGAUGUGGUGGAAAUUUUAAAGAAAACAAGGUUUUCACAUUCAUCUAGAGGUCCUGAACAGACAAUACCUCCUGAUACCAUAUUGGAGCAUGACAAGAUUAUUUGGCUUGGGGAUUUGAAUUAUCGGCUUGCGGUUGGUUGUGGUAACAUGCAUGAUCUACUAAGGAAGCAUGAUUGGGAGGCACUUUUAGAGAAGGAUCAGCUAAGGAUAGAGCAGAGAGCUGGUAGAGUAUUCAAAGGUUGGGAAGAAGGGAGAAUAUACUUUCCACCUACUUACAAGUACCUCACCAAUUCUAACAAUUACGUUGUCCAAACCUCUAAAUCUAAAGAGAAAAGACGAACUCCUGCCUGGUGUGACCGCAUAUUGUGGAAAGGUGAGGGGCUAAAACAAAUAUGGUACCUUCGAGGAGAGUCCAAAUUCUCAGACCACAGACCUGUCUAUUCACUAUUCUCAGUCCAAAUAGACAUAGCAAACAAAUACAAGCCAACCAGUACCACAUCCACAAAGUUCUGCACAAAUAGACUGUCAACAAACACUGCAUUGUCAACCACGUGUGCAGCCAAAGUUCAAGCCGAAGAACUUUUGUUAGUUAGCAGAGCACGAAGCUGCAUACACACUGCGUCCAGGUUUUGAGUCACUCUCACUCACUGCCCAAAUUUGUGAAAGAAAUACACUAAAAAUAGAGUACACCCUAGAGAGCUGUAAUACUCUGACAGACUAACAGACAAAGCUCGAACACCGAAAAGCAUAUAUCCCACUGGCAAUUUUUUUUAACUGGGUGGGCCGGCGUGCAAGGUGGGCGAUCAUGGAGUGGCCUAGAUAGAGCCUCUGUUUCUUUCUGUGUCUUUUAUGUGAUUUUCAAAGCAGAUGAAGAGAGAGAGAGCCUUAUAAUUAAAAAUCACGUGGGUGCGCCGUGCCAUGCUUGUGCCAGUGUGGUAAAAUUUUGAAAUGUGGAAAAUUGUAAAUACUUAGGAGUGAUGAUGAGGAACAUGAUGACUAUGGGUUGGUGGUGAAUUUAAGGAGUGAGUUUGAAGCAAAAGACAAAGUGGGAAAAUGGAUAUAGGGGAAGUUGUUGCUGGAUGGAUCUGUGGGGUUUUGAAGUCAUGCGUGUCUAUAAUUUUUUUGAAGCUGUGUUUUUUGAUUGAAGGUCUAUUUUGUAUUUGGUUCAGUGCUUAGGGAAUUGGUUCGGCUUUUGCAGAGAAAUGGCUUACUAUAUUCAUUUAUUAUUUUGUGGGAGAGAAGAGACAAAUAGAGAUUGGUUUACAACUAGAACUGUACAGUAAAAGGUGGAUGGUGUUUUGGUCUUUACCUUUUCUUUAUAAAAAACAAAAUUUUGAUUUUACAACUAAUGAAAUCUACCGCUAAUGUUACGAAUCUACCAACAUGUUUGUUGGAUUUAUUAUC